GACCUGGAAUUUUACGGUGUGAUGCGUUUCUACUUUCAGGACGCCGGUCAGAAGGUGGCCACCAAGUGUCUGCGCAUCAGCUCCAGCGCCUCGACGCACGACGUGAUUGCCAAUCUAAUUGAGAAGUUCCGUCCGGACAUUCGCAUGCUCAGCGUGCCCGAGUAUGCCCUCUAUGAAAUUCAUGAGAACGGCGAGGAGCGCAAGCUGGCGGAGAGCGAGAUGCCGCUGUUGGUGCAGCUCAACUGGCACAAGGACGACCGCGAGGGCCGCUUUCUGCUGCGCCGAAUGGACGAGAAGACCAAUCUCUCCGGCAUCUCUAACACCGAAACCUCCGGCAACCUCCUCAAUCGAAAGCUCUCCAAACGUGAGAAAAAGGAGAAAAAGAAACGCGAAAAGAAGGAGAAAGCCGCCAAGGGCUCCGAUAAGGGCGGCAAGGACUCUCUUGCAGAGAAGCUCUACACUGAACUCCCUGAAACCAGUUUCACACGGUCCAUCUCUAAUCCGGAGGCGGUGAUGCGCCGUCGCCGGCAGCAAAAGUUGGAGAAAAAGUUGCAACAGUUCAGCGCCGAGGGCGGCCCUGAGGCGGGCGGAACGCUGCGCAUCUUUGGCGAGUCCAUCAACCAGGACGUGCCCUACAAGACGAUACUGCUCUCCACGCAGGACACCGCCGCCUUUGCCGUCAAGGAGAUACUGGAAAAGUACGGCAAGGACAAGGAGGAACCGGCCAACUACUGCCUGGUGCAGAUCAUCGUUCCCUACGCAAACGGCACCUCCUACAUCCUCGACGACGACGACUGUCCGCUGAUCAUCGAGCGGUCGCAUCUGAAGAGUCGCGGCGUGCUCACCUUUCACAUUCGCCGUCGUCCACCGGACUUUCAGCCUCGAAAGCGGAAGAAGAAGUCACCGGGCAGCUCCUUUGACGGAAACAGCUCGGUGGCUUCUGAUCUUGGAGCUGGCAUUAUUACUAAACAGCAGCAGCAACAGCAGCCAGUCCACGGCGAGGAGACGGCCACCUCGGCGCUGCUGAACGGCGGCGCCAAGUUGAUGCCGUACAUUGUGGAGGUGAACGCCGACGGCAGCGAGCUGACACUGGGGCGAAGCAGCAACAUUCCCGGCACCACCGGGCCCCGUCGUCACUUUCUCUUCAUGAACGUCACCGAGAGCAGUCUUGAUGCACAGCAGCAGCAGCAGCAACAGCAGCUAAUGCCACCGCCUUCGGGCACACCCACCAGUAUGAUGAUGCAGCUGAGAAGCGCUCAGGCAGCCGGACAACAACAAACAGGCCCAGCUGGUUCCAAUACAAUGCGAAAACCUGGCGCUGGAGGUGGUGACAACAUCCUUCCGGCGAUUCUCGAAGUCUGGGAGGAGAUCGAGCCGCUCUUCCUCAACCUGCUGAUCACCCGCGCCGACCCGAAUGCCAUUCAAUUUAAGCUGGCCAUCACCUACACGCUGUACAUGGUGACCCGCUUUCGCGCCUCCACCUACUUCAAGCCGGAGAUUGUGCCCAACCAGCGGGCCACCCUACUGAUCGGUUUCUGCAUUCGCUACGCCAAGCUGAUUCACAAGGAGAUCGGCGAGCGCCAGCGCGCCCAGGCGCACCUCGCCUUUUGGCUGGCCAACAGCAGCGAGCUGUUGCACUUUCUCAAGAACGACCGCCACCUGGCUGCCUUCACGCUGGAGUCGCAGGAGAUUCUCGCCGAUGCGGUGCAGUACGCCUUCGGUGGCCUGGUCCGCUGUCAGCAGGCGGAGCUGAAGGAGGCGCUGGCCGCCUUCCCUGAUGACCAGCGGUCGCCAGGAAACAGCAACAGCAACACCUCUUCUACAACUUCAACUUCAACAGCUCGCGUCCUUGCCGUCCUUUCAAACAGCAUGGCACUGCUGCGACGCUUCCGCGUCAACGCCGCCCUCACCAUUCAGCUCUUCUCGCAGCUUUUCCACUACAUCAACAUGUGGCUUUUCAAUCGGGUGCUGGGCACGGCCGAGUCGAACCUUUGCAGCCGCCCCUACGGCGACCGCCUCAAGGCGGCCCUCCUCGAGAUUGAGGCCUGGGCGGAGAAGCAGGGCCUGGAGCUGGCCGCCGAGUGUCACCUCUCCCGCAUCGCCCAGACGGCCCAAUUUCUGCAGGCGCCCAAGGCGGGUCGCUCUGCAGAGGAGCUCACCGCUUUGGUGGACAAGUUCUACAAACUCAACUCCCUUCAGUUGCGAGCCCUCUUUGAGCGCUACCAGCCCACCGGGGCGGAAGAGCUGGCUAACGCCGCCUUUGUCCGCCUCCUGCGCGACCCGGCGCUGAUUGAGGCGGUAGUGAAGCAGGCUCGCGUCGCCACUGAUGAGCUAAUUCUCAAGGAGGGCCGUGAAGUGAGGCUGGAGGAGGAGAUCGACCUGCAGCUGCCCUUCCUUCUCCCCGAGGACGGCUACUCCUGUGAUAUCGUCGUGGGCAUUCCCGCGACGCUGGCCGACUUUGUGCAGUCCCUGGUGGCAGCCCGGGUGGCCAAGUUGACCGUCCAGCCGACUGCCUCCGGCUACUGGACCAUCUACUUCAUCAACUUUGCCGCCAUGUUUAACAGCUUCAACGGCAUGCGGACGAUGCCCGAGCCGGAGGUGCAGAUCAUCAAACUGCAGAAGAUCAACAACGGCAUCGGCCUGAGCAUCGUCGCCGCGCAGGGCACUCAUCAGCCAGUGCAGGGCAUCUACAUUAAAUCGGUGGUGAAGGAUGGAGCGGCGGAUUUGGAUGGUCGUCUGAAGGCAGGUGACCAGCUGUUGAAGGUGGACGGCCACUCGCUGAUCGGCAUCGACCAGGAGAACGCCGCCAAGCUGAUGACCAACACUGGGCCGGUGGUGACGCUGGAGGUGGCCAAGCAGGGGGCCGUCUUUCACGGCCUAAGUGGACUUCUGAAGGAGCAGUCCGCCUCGACGACGUCGCUGCUUAAGCAAGGUAAUGGAUUGUGUGGCUAA